GGAAGUACGGCAACAGUGUGCGUCGGCGGAUCAUCAACCCUCGUGACCUUGUGUGAUUCAACUUGACGUCGAGACGAGAUUGCAGACUUGGCCGUCGCGAAUCGGUUGCGAAUCCGAUUUCACCUGUCGUCGUACCUACGUGCGGAGUGCGCGCUCCGGCUUUCCACCGCAGUUUAUUAUGUGAAUUAAACAAUGCCGGACGUGAAUUCGCCUCUGUGGCUGAAGGACUUCGCUGGGAGUUCGGUCGAGUUGCACUGUCUCAUGCCAAAUGGCAUGUACAUCAGACUGCAAGCGAACAGAUAUUUGACGCUCCACGAAAUCAAAGAUGAACUCUUCGACGAAGCCAGCAAACAACCCUUCUAUUGGGCUUUGCAGGACAAGUCCAUGUACUACAUCGAGAUCAUCAACGGCAAUUCCCAGCGGGAGGUCAGCUUUGACGAAUCCCGCACACUUCUAGAUGCGAAUCCGUUCUUUUGCAUUCUCAAUUUGCUCGAGAGGAAAAAGGAAAAGCCCGACGAGCAGAUCCAGAGCAGCAUUAAGAAGAUUAUUGGAAAAUCCAACUUGCACGAUUUGAAGAGCUCUGAAGUAACUGAUUUCCGGUGGAAGAUGAAAAACUUUGUGGAAGACGUGAUUCGUGAAAGGGAAUCCAAAUCGUGGCUAGAGAAAAUGCUCUGCAAAUUUCCACCGAGACUGUCUUUGGGGACAAAACUGCCCAACACAAUCAAAGGAGACGCCUUUGAUAUUUCUGUAAAAUUUAACGGAUCGAAUGAAUGGUCCUACAAAUUCCGCAUUGGAUUCAACGUCAAUGCUGCCGAGCUACUGAAACUGGCCUUGACGAAGAAAGCAACCAACACAAAUACGAAAACAGAAGAUCCCAAUAAUUAUCUUCUUAAAGUUUGCGGACAGCAAGAGUUUUUCCUUGGCGAUCAUGCGCUGGUUUAUUUCACACACAUUCAGGAAGCCUUGGCCAGAGAAACAUCUCCGAUUGUCAUUGUGGUACCAUUGAGCUACUUGGAUACAUCAAAUGGAAUGAUUGACAUGCUGCAGGACGAUAUGGCACGAAUCGACCUAAAGCCACCAAGACCAGGUUCGGCAUCUGCUUCGACUAUGACUUUGCGCAAAAGAGGCAAAUACAUGUCUGCGUGGGACGUUAAAGGCAAAUUCUCCAUUUAUAUCAAGUCCAUCAGCAAGUUGAACUGCGAGAGGGACUCCGUAGUGGGGGUGCGAGUUGGUAUUUUUCACGGAGGGAAGCCAAUGUGCGAUCAGAAAAGUACACCUGAAAAAAUGGUUAACGUCGAGGAGGAUGUUUGCACUUGUCAGUGGGAAGAAGAACCUUUGGAGUUUGACAUCACAGUGGCUGAUAUUCCACGGAUGGCUCGGCUCUGCUUUGUUGUUUACGAAAGAAGUCGGAAUGCAAAGCGGAAGAGCGCUCUCAACCCCUUGGCUUGGGUGAACACGACUGUCUACGACUUCAAGGGCCAGUUGCAGCAGGGCGCCAACACUUUGUACAUGUGGCACGACGAUGUCCAGGUCGACAGCAAUGACUUUUUGAGGCCAUUAGGCACAGUUGUGGGAAAUCCCUUGACGUCGGAAUGCACCUCUCUCUCAAUUGCGUUCCCUCAAAUCGAGAUGGACAAAGUCAUUCUUUAUCCAUCGAUGGAAACAAUCAUGAAAUAUGCGGAGCCAGCGUUGAAGGACUCGCCUGAGCUGGCCGCCUUAAACCAAAGCCACAGGAACAGCCUUGAGACUUUACGAGCCAACUUUGAAAGAGAUCCAAGGACAGAAUUGCACGACCAAGACAAGAAGUCUCUUUGGAGGUUGCGGCACACGUGCAUGCAAGAGUUUCCAGACAUGCUCCCAAAACUGCUGGAGUGCCUCGAGUGGAAUGACCGCCAGCAAGUUGCCGACGCCAUUUCUCUGGUGAGGCAGUGGCCGAUUCUCCCAGCAGACAAGGCACUGGAGCUCCUCGACUAUGCCUACGCAGAUCAGACGGUCAGAAGUUUUGCUGUCGAAUGCAUAGCAAAAGUCUCGGACGAAGAACUAUCUCUGUAUCAGCUGCAAUUGGUUCAAGCACUCAAACACGAGUCGUACCUCUACUGUGAUUUAGCAAUGCUUCUUGUGAGGAAGGCAAUCCUUAAUAAAAGGAUCGGUCAUUUCUUCUUCUGGCAUUUGAAGUCGGAAAUGGAAGUGCCAAACAUCAGCGUUCGCUUUGGUUUAAUCCUAGAAUCUUAUUGUCUUGGAAGCCUGAAGCUCGUUCCAGUUUUUCUAAAGCAACUUGACUGGCUAAUGAAAUUACAGUAUUUGGAGGAAAAUGUUAGGUUAAAGCCAAAUAAAGAAAAACAAAGGGCUGCGCUGCAUGAAAUCUUACAAGAGAACCAUGCGAAGGAGGCUUUCAACAACAUUGUGUCUCCGCUUGACCCGACAUUCCACUGCAAGAAAGUCAUUGUUGAUAAAUGCAGAGUUAUGGAUAGCAAGAUGAAGCCUCUCUGGAUUGUAUUUCAAAAUGCUGACAUUCACGGAAAUGACAUCUACAUUAUUUACAAAAAUGGUGACGACUUACGCCAGGACAUGCUCACUCUUCAGAUGCUACGGAUCAUGGAUCAGUUGUGGAAAAGAGAAGGACUAGACUUUCGGAUGAUCCCUUACAACUGCAUUUCCACUGAGAGUAGAGUUGGACUGAUUGAGGUAGUUUUAAAUGCAGAGACCAUCGCAAACAUACAGAAAGAGAAGGGAAUGUUCAGUGCAACAUCAGCGUUUAGAAAAGGCUCUUUACUAGCUUGGCUCAAAGACCACAACAACACCGAAGGCCAGCUAAAUAAAGCAAUAGAGGAAUUCACUUGGUCAUGUGCUGGUUAUUGUGUGGCCACAUUUGUGCUCGGAAUUGCUGACAGACACUCGGACAACAUCAUGGUCAAGAAGACUGGACAACUCUUUCACAUUGACUUUGGUCACAUUUUGGGCCACUUUAAGGAAAAGUUUGGCUUCCGAAGAGAACGGGUGCCCUUUGUAUUAACCCAUGACUUUGUUCACGUUAUCAACAAAGGCCAGGCAAAGGACAAAGCCACAGAAUUUCUGCACUUCCGAAGUCUCUGCGAGAAGGCCUUCAUGAUUUUAAGAAAACAAGGGUGCUUGAUAUUGUCCCUGUUUGCAAUGAUGAUAUCAACAGGGUUGCCAGAGCUCAGUUCUGAGAAGGACUUGAUGUAUCUUCAGGAAACUCUGGCUCUGCAAAAGACUGAGGAAGAGGCGUUGGAGCAUUUUCGUUCCAAGUUCGAUGAAGCGCUUUCCAACUCGUGGAAAACAUCUCUGAACUGGGCAUCACAUAAUUUUGCGAAAAACAACAAACAAUAACUACAAUAAGCAAAAAGCGUAACAACACUGCUGGCAGUGUCAUUAAUGAAAUGUUUAAACCAACAAGAGACUGCAUUUUAAGUGCGAUUAAAUUGUAAUUAGCAAAAUUGUUCAUAUCACAUUGUGCUCAAAUUAGUUUUAAGAACUGCGUUUUACUUCUUCUACAAUGAGUGUAUCUGUUUUUCCUUUCAGUGGUAUUUACUAUUGCCAAUCAAGUUGUUACAUUUGAUCUCAAAGUUUAUUUAACUAUUUAUUUCAGACAAUAGUGGUUUAUUCACAAUAUCAAUUAUUUAUUGAACAUGGAGCGUUUGUUGAACAGCAUAAUACUUCAAUAAUUGAACAGCAAAACCAAGAUCUCUGUUUGUCAUCAGUUAGCAGGAGCGUUGUAUGACCUGAUAAUCGGAAUACUAUAUAAAUGUCAACCUAACUCAAUAUUAAACUAAUUCAAAAUAUAAUAAAUUAAAAGCUUUGUCGCA